AUGAGGGAUUUUUUAGGGCGAGAUAUCGACUGUUUGAGAUUUUUUAGGGGGAAGGCUGAAUUUUCAUCUGGCAACUGCCGCCCACCACGAAUCUUUCGGCUACAGUCACACUUGCCUCCAACGAACCGAACAAAAACCACCGCCGCACCAGCACGCACCGUAUUUGUUGUUGUCCACGCUGUUUUAUCGCUGACAAUUAACAACAAAACACAGGGAACGGCAGGCACUGCCUUCGAUUUGAAAGAGUCGCGAUCCAGAGGCGCCAGGCGAUCGAAACAGAAGCGAUUUAAACCGAAAGCGCGCGCGAGAUGCGGAAAAGCCAAACGCCGCGAGCUUUGUUUAUGUGUAUCGGAAAAUAACACAGGAAAAUCCCUAAGAUUCUGUGUGCGGAUGAGCCAGUGCGAAAGCAAAAUAAAUAAAAUCCGAAGCAGAUUGCUGAGUAAAUCGCCUUCGAGAGGUUUUACAAAAAGAUCGGCAAAAUUAAUUUCCGUCGCAUUAAAAUCUUUACAUCAAAACUGGAUUAUAACAGAUCCGUUGAUAUUGGCACUCAGCAGGAAAACAAUUCGGGGGUAA